ACCAACAUUCGUCUAUGAAACUGUGCUGUCAAGUUCCAUAACAUAAACAUUGGUUUGCGUAAACUCGCGAUUCUUUUCUAAACCCGGUAAAAUUUCACACAAAACCACAUAAAAUGCGGCUCCUCGUACAUCGGUCUCUAUUGCACGCGACACGGCUGCUUUCCACUAGAACUGUAGCAACACAGGCCACACCAGAUCAAAAAUGGGACCUCUAUGCCGGUGUGCUUGUUGAGCGCUUACCCAUCGUUACGAAAACACUCGAACCGAUAGAGGCAAAGUUUAAGCAAAUGUUGGAUCAAAUCGAGCUGGAAAAAAGCCUGAAAUCCAACCACGAACUUCGCAAAGAAACCGAGAAACAACAGCUGGAGCUGCUGAAGGCAGGCAAAAUUGAUCUAGAUUCGGAAGCACUAAAACAAACCGCCCAAGAUUUGGAGGACGCUUAUAAUGAAGAGUAUGCGCGGUUUAAACCUGCCGCACGUAUCACGGAAGCAGACCAAAAGAAUGAUAUUCGAUCACUGGACCGUAAGCUAGAGCAAACACUGGUGCUUCUAGUGGAGCAAAAAUUAGGCAGCAAGAGCCAUUAUCUAUUACCACAAGGCGCUCACAAAAAGGGCGAAUCCCUGCGCCAAACGGCGGAACGCACGUUGAAAGAAUAUUGUGGUGAUGAUGUGCAGGUAACUUUCUACGGCAAUGCACCGGUCGGGUUCUAUAAGUACAAAUAUCCUGCGAGCGCACGUACCGAAGCGCAAGGUGCGAAAGUAUUUUUCUUCCGCAGCGUGCUUAAGGAAACGAGUGGAAACAUUGCCAGCAAUAAGGUGAAGUAUCAGUGGCUUAAUCAGGAAGAGUUGAAAAAGCAACUGCAGCAACCGUACUACCAAAGUGUCUCCCAGUUUCUGCUGUAACCUAUAGAACGGGCGGUUCUGAUUCUAGUGCUAUAGUAAACGGAAGUCGUGGUUAGAAAGUAAAA